AUGCCGCCCCGACGUAAAGUACGCCGAACAUCGUCGCUGCCGGGACUGGCAUCAGACGAUCCCACUGGUCUAUCCGCCGUGCUCGGCCACCCUCGACUUGUCCCCCAGGCAGCUGCACAGGCAGCAGCAGCCACUCCAGCGCCUCGAGCGCCUGUGAGCACCACAGAGGGCUCUAGUAUCCCCCAACCUCCGAUCCUUACUGGCCCCUAUGCACCAGGUCCCGUCCUCCCAACCCCGACGGUGCCCCCGCCCGCGUAUUCGUUUACGUUUACGACAAAUCUCACUCCUACUACAUUCCAGCACGCAGACAAGUCGAAACCUCUGAAUCCAAACAAUGGAGAGCCCGACAGCGCCGCCUCGCCCGCAAAUUCGACGUCGAGCGCGUCCAGGAAGCGCAACGCAGACGCUCUCGACGACUUUUACACAGAAUCAGCACCAGUAGCGCGCAAGGACAAGCGCGAAAAGGACGAGGAUGACGCCAAACCGGCCGCGUCUUCGUCGUCGUCGCGCAAGAACCAAGAGGGUCAUAUUCCCCGUCCACCAAACGCGUUUAUUCUCUUCCGUUCUGAUCUCGUGGCGCGCAAGGCCGUCCCUACCUCGCUCGAAGCUGACCACUCGACUAUUUCAAAGAUUAUUGGCGUCUGCUGGCGUACGUUACCCGCCCGCCAACGCAAGCGAUGGGAGCAAAAGGCCCAAGAGGCAAAGGCCCUCCAUAAGGAACGCUACCCAGACUAUCGGUAUACGCCCGUCCAUCGCAAGGGACCUCAGCGCAAGAAACCAAAACGUGAGCAGAAAAAGGACGACAAACGCGCAGAGGAACUCGCCCAGCUCUUGUUGGCUGGCUCAAAGGGCGACGAUCUCGAGGCCCGCGUCAAGAAGCUCGACGAGUCCAACCCAGACACCUAUCAGACUACUCUCAAUUUUGGCACAAAUUCCUCUGCAAAUCUCCACUCGGGACCCCAGCAGUUUACCUUUGUCCAGGGGUUCCCCGCUGCGGGUCAUACCAUUGGUCUCCCUGUCGCUCCGCCCUAUGUCGACUACAACAGCACUGCUCAGCCUGCGACAACUGGUGGUCGUCGUCACUCGUCUGCGCCUCCUCCAGAGAAUCUCUCCGCCCAUCACUUCCCACUCACCGGCGGCGAUCCAGCUGCUGCCAUCAAUGACGUUCCUCUCUCGCGAAUCGCCCGCAAGCUGCCCACAAAAUCGACACACCACCUUCAACCACAUCAUUUCCAUCAAGAGGCCCAGCUCACCGCCGCCGCCGCGGCUGCUGCUGCCUCGUCGUCGUCGGGCUCUGGAUCGAAUGGUAAAAAGAUCAAAUCUUCCCUCGCAAAGGCUGUUCGCUCGCGAGCCCAAGGCUUUGGUGCACCCCAGCCAGCCUCGGAGCGCGAUCAGCUCUUCAUCCAAAGCCACUGGACAACCGCGGCCAUUUCGGGUGACGCAGCAGGAACAGGAUCAAAUGGGACGAGCAAAAAGAAGAAGAAGAACAAUGGACUGUUGGGCGGCAUCCCGCGCGAGUUGAUGCUCCCGACCUGGGACCUCAACUCGAACGCCAACGCCGCAAACAACACUAACGAUGCUGGUGAUGCUUCACCGACAUUUACUGUCCCCGAGUAUGGUGCUCCAGAGCCCUACUCGCCUGCGUUCCUCACUGGCUCGGACGAAAAGUAUGGUGGCCAUUUCGUCGUCGACGACGCGACUGCAACGCCACCAGAACACCAUCCGCUUGCUUAUCCCAUGGUUCAUACCGAUCCACUUGACCCGACCAAUGCACUCGGCGGCGUCGACAACAUGGGCCACCUCACUGGCAUGGACAUGAGCAUGCUCUCAUUUGACCAUCCAACGAUGCCACAGGGUCACCCGACCGAUGGUAUGAUUGGAGGCACGUACGACUUGCUCGGCUAUCAAGACUAUGCCCUCUCCGGUCUCGAUGCAGAUGGAAACCCACUCGAGAGCUUUAAUGGUGACCUCAAUGGAGCCAUGGCCGCCUUUGGUUCUCAUACCUCUGGUCUCGUCGCUCCAGGCUCUGGAUUCGACUUUGCGGAUCAGUUUGGCUCCUUGGGUGUCGAUACCGAGGAAUAUGGAUACCCCUACUAUGGUCAAGCCGACUUGGGAUCCGGACCUGGUUCCGCGCAUAGCACAUCCCCCCACAACUCGGAUGCAGACGACGCAGCGGCGUAUCACCCAUACGAUGUCCCUGGAACACUCGCAAUGUCGGCUCAGGACCCACUCGGCGCCAUCGCAUUUGGCAGUCCACGUGUGUCCGCUACAGUCUCCGCUCAAUCAGCUCCUGUACACCACAUGCCUGCACCAGACUGGAGCGCAUUCGAAAACAAUGGCAUCAACCUACCGCCCGCGCCCGCCGUUUCCGUCGAUCCGCUCGACCCUCUGGACGCUCCGCCUCCACCGAAUACAGGUAGCAGCGCAUCUGCAUCGCCUCAUCCUCCUACGAUGACACAAUCAAACGUGAAUGCGUUUUCAGCGUACAGGAGUGCCCCGACGAGCGAAGUUGGUGAUUUGGAUUACCAGGAUAUGCACAUGCCACCGUCGUAUGCAACUACGACCGCAUCCAAUGGUCAACAGCAGCGACAGCAGCAGCAACUGAGGCUGAAUACGCAUUAUGUGCACCAAGCACCCGGAGUCUACUCUGCGACCGCAAGUCCCGUGGUGGAACAUAUGGGACAUUUCACAAUGCGACCACCUGUUCAACAACCAGCUCCUGGAUCAGCUGCGACGACGUCCCCACUCGUGUACACCGUCCAGCAUCCGCAGACGCCAAUGAGCGCAAUGGGCCCUCCCCCAUCGCCAAUGCAUGCGCAUCCAAUGCAACAGCACAUGCACGCUCACUCUCAUUCGCUCACUUCGGUGGGACAAAGCCACCAGCGCCAAAUGAGCGGCGUCUUGCACACCCACCACCCGUCGCACUCGAUUGAAUCCUUUCACGAAAUCCUGCCGCCGACGGCUGGAACACCAGUCGCGAGCGGUCUUGGAGGACAGUGGGGGGAAUGGACACAUCCAGAUCCAUUUGGCGCACCUGCUGGUGCAGAGUCGGUGACGCAGGAAGGAGCUAGUGCCAUGAGCGGUGCCAUGGAUCCUCUUGCUCGCCAUGGACAUCAUCCACAUGCCAUGUCCGUCUCGAUGACAAACGCCUACCACGGCGUGUAG